GUUUAUCUCUAAACCAUAUCACGAACGUUGCAAAACCGUAACGAGCCGUUGUAUUGGGAAGCUGUUUCCAAAAUGGUGUGAGAUAUUUGAGUGAACGGAUCAAUUGCAAUCAGUGGCGAUCAACGGAUAAUGUUAUUUUCUUUAAGGCUGAAGAAAUGUGUUAAUUGGCGCCUCAUAAGGGCGCAUGCGUGCACGUUAGCGGUGGCAGUAUCAUUCAACAGUAUAUGGCGGGUUCCAAGGGAUGGAUAUCGUUAUGGUGGUCUCACAUACGGCCUGGUGUUUACCUUGGCGAUGGUCUUCCUGGCCCUACCUGUCACUCUACUGCAGUUGUCUAUCGGUCAACUGAGCCAGCAGGACGCUGUUGGGGUCUGGAGAGCCGUCCCAUUCUUUAAAGGUGUUGGAUAUAUGAGGUUGCUGAUUUCAUUCAUUAGUUCCGUAUACACUGUGAUCUACAUGGCCUUACUAGUCGCUUACUUCCUUUACACACUGAGUAACUCUAUACCGUUUCUGGAAUGCACCAAUAUUGUUAUAUCAGAGGAUGUUGAAGAAAUUAGUUUUAAUGCGUCAACAUGUCUGAACAAUACAUUCUUGGCUCCGGUGAGCGAACAGCCAGAAUACUACACAGCAUUGUCAUUAGUGAUUAUUGUGCUUUGGAUAGCGUUCCCUUUUUUGCUCUUUAAUCCAGUGAAAAUGAUGAGACGCACGUUUUAUGUGCUGACGCCGUUUGUGAUACUGCUGUGCAUAGUGAUCGUGUCAGAGAUAGGAGACGGUGGCAAUCUACACUAUUUCCAACAGCCCGAGUACUGGUCGAAUUUCCUCGAUGCAAACAUUUGGUACGCGGCUGUCAUGCAAGCUCUGCUGUCGUCUCAGAUCGCUGGAGGCUACCUCAUGUCCGCUGGCGAUGGUAUCUAUUCUAAUACAAAUGUUCAGUGGUCCUCAAUAGCGAUAGUGGGCACUAAUUUGGUUGCUAGUUGGAUGGGUUUAUUGUUCUGGUUUGCUAUAAGCAACGGGUAUAAAGACAAGAGUGCUGUGGCAGUGCUCCUAGUGAUAUAUCAAGUCGCCGAUGAAAAUGAACUCAACAAAGUGUGGCCUUUACUAAUGUUUGCCACUUUGUUUCUCUCAGGUAUUAUUACAAUGUUAACCCAACUCUACCCAUUAUUCGAUCGGUUUCGUCGAAUUGGUGGCUAUAAAUGGAGAUUCGUCUGCGUUGCUAACUCGUUAUUGGCGACAGUGGCAGCAUUAGGCACUUUAGUGGGUGGACUACCUGCUUUAGAGCUUCUAGAAGAUGUCGCUGUUCCAUUAUUAAUCAGUAUUGCAACUAUACUCGAGAUACUUGCCUUCAUGUUUAUUUAUGGUUGGAAAGCAUUAGUCGAAGACGUUGAAUUUUUAACUGGAGAGAAAUUAGUAAAAUAUUGGGUAUGGGGUUGGUGUGGUGCUCCUGGUAUCAUAGCACCCUUCUUGAUUUGGUGGAUGGUCGCCAUUCUUGUGGAGAGUAACUUCACGGAGCCCCCGUGGGAUGCUAGCGGGGUCUGUUCAAGUGUGGCAUUGGCGGUGGUAAUCAUUUUAGUAUUUGCCACCAUCACUGUGGCUAGGCAGGUGCAAUACGAUUUUAUAUCGAAAUUGAAGUGUUCGUUCAAGCCAUCGCGACAUUGGGGUCCGCGGGACCCCAUAACUCAUUACUACUGGUUGGCACGACGCGAGGAGGUGGAGACGGGUGCUGGUGUCCGCAUGAGAUACCAUAGGCGACAGUUGGGUCAGCUCUCGGGGGGCGCCAGUUUCCUGACAGUGGCUGAUGUUUCUGAGAAUAGAACCAAGGAAAAUAUAAAUGUAAAUAGACGGUCCAACUCAGACGAUUGGUUAUACACCGUUUACAGGCGAAAGUAUUUAGAAGAAGCACUCAAAGACUUCUUGGAAAUGAGUAAGCAACGCUCCAAAUCUUUAGACUGGGCGUUCCCCAAGAUAGGGAAAGGGGACGUCGGAAGGAAAGAUUUAGAUAGCAAUAUUUAUUUUACGCCUGUACAAUCGUUACAUUCUGUAAGAGGAAAAAACAAUAAUGUAAUGUAUGUUAAGAAUUUAUUAAAAUAAAUUGUUUUAUAAG